CGAGCAUGUGCGUCAUUUAUGUAGGGAAAGCGUUAUACGUGCUGCGGUUGUAUGUGGGUGUUUGAGAUUUGUGGCGGGGUGAAAGGAAGGAAACUGGUUUCACGUGAUUUUUUGUGAGCUGUGGAGAAGCAGGGUGUUUUUGGCAAGGCAAUUUUUCACCGUAACGGUAUAUUCUGGGCAUCUAUAAUGCCGGGGUUCCGGCUGAAGAGGUGAAGCCGGGAGCCAGAUAGAAUUGUUAUUUUUGAUCUGCUGCACGCAUUUCAAAUGGCGCCGCAGGAGGGACGCGCCGACGAGAAGCUGGAGAGGGCGCAGCGGAUCACGCGCGACAACCCGUACGACUUGGAGGGCUGGAGCUACCUGCUGCACCAGGCGGCCGGCUGGCAGGUGGACGCGGCGCGCGACGUCUUCGAGCGGCUCGUCACCGUCUUCCACUCGUCCGGCCGCUUCUGGAAGCAGUACAUUGAGCAGGAGCUGAAAGCUAGAAACUAUGACCGCGUUGAAAAGCUCUUUCAGCGCUGUCUGGUCAAGGUGCUCAAUUUGGACCUGUGGAAGCUGUACUUGACGUACGUGAAAGACACGAAAGCCAGCCUGCCGUCGUUCAAAGAGAAAAUGGCGCAGGCGUACGACUUCGCCCUGGACAAGAUCGGCCUGGACUACCACUCGUUCCCCGUGUGGAGCGAGUACGUGGCUUUCCUCAAGGCGGCAGAGGCUGUCGGCUCGUACGCCGAGAACCAGAAGAUCUCGGCUAUCAGGAAGGUGUACCAGCGCGGUGUCGUGACGCCCAUGAACAACGUGGAAAUCCUCUGGAAGGACUACAUGACGUUCGAGAACAGCAUCAACCCAAUCAUCGCCGAGAAGAUGAGCAUGGAGUACACGCGCGACCACAUCAACGCCAAGCGCGUGGCGCGCGAGAUGGAGAACGAGAUUCGGGGCUUGAACCGCAACUUUCCCAGCGUGCCGCCCACCGGUAGCCCCGAGGAGCAGAAGCAGGUGAGCGGCCGUACAAUCGCCUGGGAGAAGGGUAACCCGCUGCGCACGGAGGACAUGAGCCUGUGGACGCGGCGCGUGACGUACGCGUUCGAGCAGUGCCUGCUGUGCCUGGGCCAUCAUCCGGAUGUGUGGCACGAGUACGCCGUCUUCCUGCAGGAGGCUGCCCAGCUCAUGACGGACAAGGGGGAUGUGAACGGCGCCAAGCUGAUCUCGGACGACAUCGCGACCGUGUUCGAGCGCGCCACCCAGGGGCCAAUGCGGCGCUGCAUGCUCAUCUACUUCGCCUACGCCGACUUCGAGGAGACGCGCAUGAGCAACGAGAAGGUGCACAAGAUCUACAGCAGCCUGAUCGACGUGGAGGACAUCGACCCGACGUUGGGCUACAUCCAGUACAUGAAGUUCGCGCGCCGCGCCGAGGGCAUCCAGUCGGCGCGCAAGGUGUUCAAGAAGGCGCGCGAGGACAAGCGCUCGCGCCACCACAUGUACGUGUCGGCGGCGCUCACCGAGUAUUACUGCAGCAAGAACAAGGAGGUCGCCUUCAAGGUGUUUGAGCUGGGCCUGAAGAAGUUCGGGGACAGCACCCAGUACAUCCUGUGCUACAUCGACUACCUGUCCCAUCUGAAUGAGGACAACAACACGCGCGUGCUGUUCGAGCGCGUACUCAGCUCUGGCAUGCUGGAUGAGCUCAGCUCUGUGGAGGUGUGGAACCGCUUCAUGGAGUUCGAGUGCAACAUCGGCGACCUCACGAGCAUCGUCAAGGUGGAGAAGCGGCGCACUGCCAUCUUACACCAGCUGCGGGAGUACGAGGGCAAGGAGACAGCGCUGUUGGUGGACCGCUACCGCUUCCUGGACCUGUACCCCUGCAGUCGGCAGGAGCUCAGGGCCAUCGGGUACCAGCCUCGGUUCAGCACAACGAGCUCAGCGGCGGCGGUCGGCGGCGGCGCCGCUGACUGCGCCCCUGGCGACGACGAGAAGAAGCUGCCUCGGCCAGACUUCGCCCAGAUGGUGCCGUACAAGCCGAAACAGUACUGGGUGCCCGGCGAACAUCCCAUUCCUGGCGGUGGGUUCCCGCUGCCGCCGGCCGCGUACGCGCUCUGUCAGAUGAUGCCGCCGCCGCGCUGCUUCCACGGCCCCUUCGUCGGCGUGGACGCUCUGCUGGCGAUCUUCGAGGAGCUGGAGCUGCCGGACAGCGCGCCCGAGCCGGGCGGCGCCAACGGCCAGAGCGCCUCCCAGUUCGAAAUGGCCAAGUCCAUACACUGGAUCGUCGACCGAGACAGCGAUAAGCGCGUCAGGAAGCGCGCCAACGACUCUGACGACGACGACAUGCAGGCGCCGCCCGCCAACGACAUCUACCGGCAACGCCAGCAGAAGCGCGUCAAGUGAGAGCCACCCAACGGCCGCGGAAAAUGGCAGUGGUUGUACAAAGGUCCGGCAGAGGGCUCGUCGGGAGGCGCUGUGCUGGCAGGUCAGCGGCGAGCAGGGCGUGUCGUGGUCGCAUUGCAGGAGUGAUGCAGUUCGCCCGGUCGCCAUGUGUGAGAGCUCGCUACGUGCCGGAGCUCGUGCGCGCUUGAACGCUGCCGAGGCGGCACGGGCCUUGUUCAAAAGAGCGGGCUUUCGUCCCCCGCGCCGUCCCACGCUGCGACAAGCGCCGUUGGACCGCCCGUGGAUGUCGGGCGCCGUUUUAUCGCGCAUUGCAUUCUGGUGGUCUUUGCACCGCGGCCGGCUGGCCGAACGCUGCCCAUUGUGUCGGUGUAGCUGCUGACUAGGAUGCAAUACACGACGCUUUAGG